AAGAAAUAAUUUCCCCAAAAUUCGAACAGGGACACAAGCCAGAGAAAAAAGGGAGAGAGAGCUGAAAAUUCCAAUCACGAUUUGGUCCUCUUUCUACCACCAUCUCCCAACUGCCUCCCGUCCUCCCCAUUUCUCUCUCCCGUCCUCAUUUGUUUCACAUUUUAGAUUUUAUUUAUACAAAGUAAUUGAUCAGUGGCCUUUUUCUCUCCACCUCCGUGCCUCCAUGAUCUUCCUUGUCAUUUAGCCGCUCUCCGUCUCCCCUCCGUCGGCUCUCUCUCAGAUCUAUAAAGAAAAAUUCAAAAUCUCCGCAGAUCCACCAGCACGAAAAAAACUUAUCCAAAUUGAUGGACGAUUUUCCAGGUCUGUUAGCUCGCGACUUCGGGUACAAACCCCAAGGCAAAUCGGCACCCAUGGCUCCACCUCGGAACACAAACAUUGAUAAUACCAAUUUUAACCUUGGAUCCGGUGGCUCCGUUCACAUCAGAUCCCCCUUCUCCAACAAAUCCGCUCCUAUUUUCGACGAUCACGUCGGCACCGACAGUCUCUUGUUCAACAACGCCUUCGAUGGCCCGCUGAAGUAUUCAGAAUCACGUGGCGGAGCUUCCACUACUACAUCGUCAUUUGAUUAUGAUUCCAUUUUCAAGGAUCAGAAUUCCAAAUCGGCGUCGCUGCCGGUUUUUGAUAAGCCUGUUUAUGAUGAAGAUAUUUUUGAUGGAUUGCCUGGGUUGAAGAAUUCGUCUACUGAUGGUGAUUCUGCAUCGGCUCCCAAGUUUGAUAAUGUGUUUGCUUCAGUCAGUUCACCACCGAAGCAGCAUCGAAGGCCGCCUGCGAGAGAGAGUUCCCCGUUUGAUGAUCUGUUGGGGAACUUAGGCAAAAAGGAGACGGAAUCGAAGACAGAAAGUCGUAAAGUGGAAAAGAAUUCGACGGCUUUUGAUGAUUUACUUCCUGGUUUUGGUGGCAGUAGCUCCCCUAGUGUUAACCGGUCAACUUCCGAGUCUGGUCAGUUCCAAAAGCCAUCUUCAAAUUCAGCCAGGCCAGUUCCUGGUGUGAUGGAAGAUCCCUUUGUAGUCCUAGAGUCAACUUCAACCCCUCCAACUUCAUCAUCGGGGUUGUUCACAGACCCAUUGGAAGAAAUUAGUAAAAUCAGUAACACUGGAAACACUAAGAUUGAUAGUUCAUCUGUAAAUAUGGCAGUAUUUGAUGACCUAGAUCACUUUGAUGAUCUUGGGAAAUCUGUGCCUCCUGAGAUCAACAAGGGAGGGGAGAAUAAGAGCCCUUUAAGAACAAGAUCAAGAUCAAGCUCAGGUGGUGCAUAUUCCUCUGUGAGUAAAGAAUCAGUUAACAAAUAUCCCUUGGAGAAUGCUGUGGGCCACUCACAGAAGAAGACACCAGAUGAUUAUCAGGAAUCUCAUGAAGCCAUAUUUGAUAUGCCUGCUGCUUCAACAGAUUUUCAUAGAUCUUUUGGUCAAAAUGUCUCUCCUCCUUCAUAUGUGGAUAUCAAUGCUAAUGAGAUAAAUUCCUCUCCCAGAUCUGAAGAGGUCUCUGAAUCAUCUGAUGAUGUAUGGCUUACUGUGUCAGAAAUCCCUCUUUUUACUCAACCCACAAGUGCACUACCGCCUUCAAGACCCCCACCUCCGAGACCACCAAGAAUAUCAAAGUCAGAGUUUGGCUCUUUUUCUUCCACAAACUCUAGAAAGAAGUUCAAUGAGUAUCCUUCUUUCCAAAAUUCCACUUCAUACUCUCAAAAUACUAGACCAGACCAUGCUUCGAGGAAUUCAGUGACUUCUCAAAUUGAUGAACUUGAGGAUUUUGUAACAGCAAGGACUCAAAAUAAUGUUAAUGAAUUUGCAGACAUUCCACCUGGUGAUGAUGCAGAUAAAACUUCCUCUUCUGCUGCUUCUGCUGCUAUGAAGGAGGCCGUGGAUAAAGCAGAGGCUAAAUUCCGCCAAAUGAGGGAGAGGGAAUAUCUAAAGGCUGCUAGAAACAAAGAAGCUGGUCAGCUGGAUAAAGAUAUGCAAGAUGCUCAGCAGAGAGAAUUAAAGGAAAGACAUGAGAGAUUUGAUCGUGAGAGACAACAGAGGGAAAAGGAGGAGGAAGAGAGAGAGCAGAGAAGAUUUGAGAAAGAGAGGGAGAGGGCUCGUGAAAUUGAGAGGGAAAGGGAGGAAAAAGAAAGAGAGCAAAGGAGGCUUGAAAGAGAGAGGGAGCGAGCAAGGGAGAUUGAGAGAGAAAGGGAAAAGGGCAGACAAGCAGUGGAAAGGGCUACUAGAGAGGCACGUGAAAGAGCAGCUACCGAAGCUCGGCUGAAAGCUGAAAGGUCUGCUGUGGAAAAAAUAUCUGCCGGGGCUCGAGAAAGAGCAGAAAGGGCUGCUGUGCAGAGAGCACAUGCCGAAGCACGUGAAAGGGCAGCAGCAGAGGCAAAAGAAAGGGCAGAAAGGGCUGCUGCAGAAGCCCGGGAAAGGGCAAAUGCUGAAGUUAGGGAGAGGGAAGCCCGGGAAAGAGCUGCUGUUGCAAGGGCUGAAGCUGAUGCUCGAUUUAGAGCAGAACGAGCUGCUGUAGAAAGAGCUGCUGCAGAGGCUCGAGAGAGGGCCGCCGCCGCCGCUGCUGCCAGGGCAAAUCAACAAAAGAGUGAAAAUGAUCUCGAAUCAUUCUUCAGUACUCGAACAACCAGUGCACAAAGACCUAGGACAAACACUUCGGAUCCUUUCUCUGACAGCCAGAACAAGGGAGGGCCUGAACCAGUUAGAAGGACAUCUGUUGGGGCUACGUCUAGCGUGAGAAAAACAUCUUCAACAACAAAUGUUGUCGAUGAUUUAACUUCGAUUUUUGGAGGAGGUACUGGAUCAUCUGGAGAGUUCCAAGAGGUUGAAGGGGAAACUGAAGAAAGGCGAAAAGCCCGAAUGGAACGCCACCAGAGGACUCAGGAGCGGGCUGCAAAAGCACUGGCCGAGAAGAAUCAACGUGACCUUCAAGCUCAGAGAGAUCAAGCAGAGAGACAUAGGAUUGCUGAAACAUUGGAUGUUGAGAUCAAGCGUUGGGCUGCAGGAAAAGAGGGGAAUCUCCGUGCACUGCUAUCAACACUACAAUAUGUGCUAUGGCCUGAAUGUGGAUGGCAGCCUGUUUCCUUGACCGAUUUGAUCACUGGCGCAGCAGUUAAGAAAGCAUAUAGAAAAGCAACCUUAUGCAUUCAUCCUGAUAAAGUGCAACAAAAAGGAGCCAAUCUUCAACAAAAAUACGUUGCUGAGAAAGUGUUUGACUUGCUUAAGGAAGCAUGGAACAAGUUCAAUUCAGAAGAGCUUUUCUGAAACCCUGUGAUUAAUAUUCUGCUCCGAGUACUCGAUCUGGACAGAAGUGGAAAUGCUCAACUCUUAUGGCAGAUGUGUUUUUACUCUUACAUCCGCAGCAGUUGUCGAUUUGAUUGAUACUUGAGAACAUAAAGCUGAUGGGAGAGGGAAGCUUGGGAGGUUUCUUUUAAAUGGUUGAGAUGCGCACCGGCCCUCCCUUGAUUCAGGCUGCUGUAAAUCAUGUUCAAGCUGACACAGCACCUGAAAGUUAGGAUGCUUCUUCAUGUAGGGUUGUCGGCCUUCGACACGACUGUCGAAUUUAGUUGCCAAAGCCUAUUUUGCGUGGGAUGGAAGUGGUCUUUUUGUGUUAAUUCUUUUUUACAAUCAUAUUUUUUUUUAUGGGUUACCCGUUUAGUGGUAGAGCGUGAUAUAUUGAGUGAUGCCAUAUAUGUUAAUCGAUAUCAAACGACGAUAUAUUGGCUUUGUAUGAUUAUUUUUGAUCCAAUAACUCAGCCCUACAUUUCACAC